AUAUAGGUUUUCAUUAAUUUUCUGUUGAAUUUAUGUUCAACACGUAAAUUGCCGGAUAUCUAACAGCUACAUCCAGCAUUCAACUAAAAAAGAGAGUUUUUACUUGUGCACUAUGGAUGAAGAUGAUCCUAAAGAAUACCGCUGGGAGACUGGAUACGAAAAAACCUGGGAAGCAAUAAAAGAAGAUGACGAUGGAUUUCUUGAAGCUUCCAUUUCGGAUAUAAUCCAACGUGCGAAAAGAAAGCGCCAAGCUCUUAAACAGGGUCACACAAAACUGGGUAUGAUGCGUCACAUGUAUCUCAUCAUUGACUGUUCUGAAUCAAUGGGUGGCCAAGAUUUAAAACCAACUAGAUUAUUAUGCACAAUAAAGCUAUUAGAAGUUUUCAUUGAUGAAUUUUUUGACCAAAACCCAAUCAGUCAACUUGGAAUCCUAAUAAUGCAUAACAAACGCUCCGAGAAAUUGAGUGAACUUACUGGCAAUCCAAAGAAACACAUAAAAGCAGUUCAAACUUUGAACAGAACUUCUUUGGUGGGAGAACCAUCCUUGCAAAAUGGUUUAGAACUAGCUGCAAAAUCAUUAAAACUACUCCCAACUCAUGCCAGCAGAGAAAUAUUAGUAAUAAUGGGAAGCCUUACAAGUUGUGACCCGACUGAUAUCAACACAACUAUUUCAAUGCUGAAAUCGGAGGGAAUCCGAUGUUCAGUAAUAGGUUUAGCUGCAGAAGUGAGAGUUUGCCGGCAUCUUGCAACAGCAACUGGUGGAACAUACAAUGUUAUUCUUGAUGAUGCACACUAUAAAGAUCUAUUGUUACAAAACAUUGACCCACCGCCAGCUGCAAAGGGUUUGGAAUCAUCGUUGAUCAAAAUGGGAUUCCCGCACCAGAUUGGUGCAGCUCAAGAGAGUGUUGGUGAGGAGCCUCUCACGAUGUGCAUGUGUCAUAUUGAUAGCUGUGAUGACAGCAGUAAAUUAACUACGGGUGGGUAUUAUUGCCCGCAAUGUCUCAGUAAAUAUUGUGAAUUGCCUGUGGAAUGUCGGGCUUGUGGGCUUACGCUGGUGUCGGCUCCGCACUUAGCGAGGAGUUAUCAUCACUUGUUUCCAGCGUCAAAUUAUAAGGAGGUACAGGUAGAGGGUGAGCCAUGUGGGGGAUGCUUUGCCUGUCAGAAGGUAUUUACACAUUUGGAUAAACAGGUCUAUCAGUGCUUUAAAUGCACGAAAUUUUUCUGCAUGGACUGCGAUAUCUUCGUGCAUGACACAUUACACACAUGUCCAGGUUGUGCUACGAAUUUAGCAACCUUCCAAGGUUCAAACUAACAGUAUGUGUUACGUAAUUCUUUAUUUUGGUUAUAAAUAAUAUUACCAUAAUGAAAAAAUGAAAAUAAUUACCGUCCACCAAAACAA